UUCACAGAGUGGGAAGCUUGUUGAAACCCUAGAGAUUGAGAACGAGAAAGAGACAGCCAUGGAAGACGAAAUCAAAGCAGAAUUCAGCAAAGUGGGGUUCGCUCUCGACGAUGAAGAAGAAAUUCUCAAGAAAUGUCUUACUUUCUGUAUAAAUUACAACUUGAAGCCCUGCGAUAUCGUUUCGAGCUGGGAGGUUUACUAUCUCAACAGGCAAUUGAAUGGGUCGACCGUUCAAAAUGCUGAAAUGGAUGGGUUUUUACUGCAUCUGCAAGAUGAGCAGAAAGAAGCAAUUAUUAAGGAGGAACCCGGUUUGCAUAUCUACUCGAGUAAAGAUGUAGACAUGAUUUUGAACGACGAAGAUGGAGAUGAAAAAGAAGAGGUCCCUGGCACUCCAACACGCAAUUCUCAAGACUCCUACUCAGAGCAAUUUGAUUCUACACCUCAGACAAAUGGGAAAAUUUUUUCUUCGGGGAAACCAUCAAAACUCAUCACACCCUUCGGACAAAGAACCCAAAAGUUUGUGGUGAAGUUUAGCAUCAAUAGUAUGCCCAAUAUGGAGAACGGAGAAACAGAACUUGAUCCCGAGAAUAAUGAGGAUGAUGUUAUCAGGAAGAUCCAACCUGGUAGAAGGUGCUCUCUGAUAGUCCAUGGUUCAAAACCAGGAACAGGCUGUAGGUUCAUGUAUGAUAGGAUUGAGGACAGGUUUAAUGCGCUUGAAAGCCGAAUCCGAAAGUACGCUGUUGCAUUUACUUCAUCUAAGCUGUAUGAAGAACCAGUGGAUCCUACAGUUUCUUCCCAGAAAAGCAUAUUUACUGUUGGCAUGAUAUGUUGCGAUGGAGAAGGCCAUUUGAAUGAGAAAUCCACCUUGCUGCAAAGCAGUGUUGAGCAUUCUGGAGGGCAACGUGUUCGUCUAGAAUUACAAAACCUGAACCAAUUUUCAAUCUUUCCAGGCCAGGUAGUAGGUAUUGAAGGGCAUAAUCCUAGUGGACACUGCUUGAUCGCUUCAAAAUUUGUAGACUCUAUCCCUUUGUCUGAUAUGGCUGAUGUGGAUUUGCAUCCAACAAAGAAGCAAGCUUUGGAAAAGGAGAUUCAGUCCAACGGUCUGUCUGGUCUGCAAGCUGAACUGUCAGUGAUAAUAGCGUCAGGCCCUUUCACCACAACAGACAAUUUGUCGUUCGAGCCUCUGGUUGAGUUGCUAGCAUAUGCAAAUAGAAAGCUGCCUCAAUUGCUUAUUUUGCUGGGACCAUUUGUUGAUUCUGAACAUCCAGAGAUCGAGAAAGGAAGUACCAACAGGAGCUUUGAUGAAAUUUUCCAUUUUGAAAUUCUUAAAAGGUUGCAAGAUUAUGCAGAAUACAUGGGUUCUCAUGCACGUGUGAUUCUCGUACCAUCAAUACGUGACGCGAACCAUGACUUUGUUUUUCCUCAGCCCGCUUUUGAUAUUCAGCCACCUGAUCUCAAACAUCAGAUAACCAGUAUCACAAAUCCAGGGAUUUUGGAGGCAAACCAGGUGAAAAUAGCUUGCUGCUCCGUAGAUGUUCUUAAACAUCUUAGCGGAGAGGAAAUUUCACGAAACCCAAAAGGUGGAGCACCCAGUGAUCGCAUGGGUAGACUUGUGAACCAUAUACUUGGCCAGCGCAGCUUUUAUCCUCUAUAUCCACCAGCAGAAGGUGUUCCAUUCGAUUCUUCACUAGCUCCUGAAGCUCUUGAAAUCUCUAUGAUUCCAGAUAUUCUCAUUGUACCCUCCGACAUGAAGUACUUUGUUAAGGUACUGCCCCUUGGUGGAAGAGGUGAAGGAGAAGAGCAAAUGAAGUGCAUUUGCGUCAAUCCAGGAAGACUGUCCAAGGGUGAAGGAGGAGGUACUUUUGUAGAGCUUAAUUACUAUGGCAAUCCCGACACAAUUAAUACUUCCAUCCUAGGCAUUUAGUUCAUGUGGGCAUCGCAUUGGCCGCAAUUCAAUCCUCAAAAUGUUGAUAAGCCUGGAGAUGAACCAAAAGCGCAUGAUUGCCAUUUGCAAGGAUAUUAAACGGUUUUGAUAACCAUUGAAGUUCAAAAGGCUCCGCAGAGACUCAUUGUGGUACCCUAUUCCAUUUCAAGCUCCACCGGCUGCCGGGGACAUAGCAUAAGUGGCUAAUAUAUGUUUGUCUGCGUUGAGAGAGACUAACCUUCUGUUGUUGUAUAGUUUUAAUUAAACAUUGUACUCACUCCUAGGACUUGUAGAAAUUGAUUGUUUAUCUCAUAUUUUGCUUGUUGUUUUGACUCUCUUUAUAGCUUUGCUCAGAUGAUAGAACCGAUUCAAGACCCUCGCAAGAAAAGCA